AUGGUUGAAAUAGAUGAAAUAGCGUACAUCUCGAACUAUCCUGGCAGCCCAGGAGGUGUUCGAGGGUCUAAAUUGGAAGCCCCGACAGAAAGUUGCUAUGACAUAAAGACAAAGCGGACGCUCGAGCCAAAUAAUAAUCCUACAAACAACGAUGACGACAGCGACAAUGACAGCGACAAUGACAGCGACCAUGCACAGGGAUGUGAUAGCCUCAUAGAGCAAAUGGAGAUUGAUACGAACGAAAACCCUGAUCAGAAUGACACAGAUCCAGACUUCUUAUGGGGCUAUGCACGGCUCCUCACGCACACAAAGCAACAACUCGUUCAGUAUCACAAAUUCAAAGAGACUGACUCGGUUGAGUUUGUUAUCACUGUUCCGGCUAUGUGGAAACGAUGGGCUUGCCGGAGAAUGCAGAAUGCACUAAGAGAAGCCAACCACAGGUCAGAAUUUGUCAGAGAGACCUCAGCCAGGAUCGAACAUAUUCAUAUCGUGUCGGAACCAGAAGCUGCGGCCGCACGUGUUCUAGCAUCACAACGGGACAUCCAGCCCGGAGAUACAUUCAUGAUUCUCGAUGCUGGUGGAGGCACCGUUGACGCCAUAACCUAUAAAUUAAAAGACACCGAACCCCUUCGAAUGGAAAGAGAAGCUGUCAGACCAAAAGGUGUUUUGUGUGGCUCUAGUUAUUUGAAUGAACAUUUCGAACAACUUUUGCGUGAAAGAUUGGAGGGAGAGACAUACCUCAAUAUCGAUACAGGAGAUUUAACUAAAUCUAUUAGUAUUGAUGGGAUCAUAGAUUCCCUAGUCAUCGAUUUCGAAAACCAAGACAAAAGAAACGUCGAUAUCACGGAUAGCAACUUUUCAGGACAAGACGUCUUCGUAUAUGGCUUGAGACCGAACAAGGACAAAAACUUUGUGUAUAAUCGAAUGCGUCUUAAUCGGCAAGUUUUUCGUUCUUUUCUCCUCUAG